GUGGGCCGAGGUAAGCGGGCUCUUCCGUUGUCAUGCCGCCUAAGCGCCGUGGUACGUUCCUGUGAGUCUCCGACCUGGGCAGACAGUUUUCUUCCAUGACUUCUAUUCGCUGCGGAUGUGCGGAAGUACCCUGGGAGACCCUCUAGCCACGCAAUGGAGGCAGUUACCUUUGAGGAUGUGACAGUGACCUUUACCAUAGAGGAAUGGGAUUUGCUGAAUCCAUCCCAAAAGAAGCUCUAUAGAGAUGUAAUGUGGGAAACCUUUAGAAACAUGGCUGUUAUAGGAAGAAACCAGAUGAACCAGCAAACUAAAGAAGAGUACAAAAAUUUUUGGAGAAAUCUAAGUAGAAGUGAAGAGGUAGAAGAAAACUAUGACUACAAAAAUUGGACUCAACAUGAAGAAAUAUUUUUUGGAACUUCGGAUCCUAAUGGGAAUGUGAAAAAACCUGGUUUUAGUCCAGCUGAAAGCCUUGAUUGUAGAAAGCCCCUGGUUGAUCAUUUAUCACUAAAUGUCGCCAUCCUAACUCACACAGGACUGAAACCAUAUGAAUAUAAAAGAUUUGAAGAGAAACUUCAUAAGUAUAAUGAACAUGGGAAAACUUUAAGUGAAUUUGAGUCAUGUCAAAAGUAUGAACGCAUAAACUAUGGAGAGAAACCAUGUGAACAUAAGCAAUGUGGGAAAGCCUUCAUUAUGCACAGUAAUUGUCAAAUCCAUGAAAGAAUUCACACUGGGGAAAAACCCUGUGUAUGUAAGCAGUGUGGGAAAGCUUUCUGUUCUAACUGUUUAUUAUGUGAACAUAAAAAAACUCACACUGCAGAGAAACCAUAUGUAUGUAAGCAAUGUGGGAAGGCCUUUGGCAGACACUAUAAUUGUCAAAUACAUGAAAGAAGUCACACUGGAGAGAAACCCUAUGUAUGUAAGCAAUGUGGGAAAGCUUUCACUACACAAGGUCAUUGUCAAAGACAUGAGAAAACUCACACUGGGGAGAAAGCUUAUGUAUGUAAGCAAUGUGGGAAAGCCUUCAGCAGACAAGGUACUUGUCAAGUCCAUGAAAGAAUUCAUACUGGGGAAAAACCCUAUGUAUGUAAGCAGUGUGGGAAAGCUUUCAUUACAUCCUGGCAUUGUCAAAGACAUGAAAGGAUACACACUGGGGAUAAACCUUAUGUAUGUAAGCAAUGUGGAAAAGCCUUCAAUAUGUACAGUAAUUGUCAAAUACAUGAAAGAAUUCAUACUGGGGGAAAACCCUAUGUAUGUAAGCAGUGUGGGAAAGCUUUUAGCAGAUACUAUGAUUGUCAGAUACAUGAAAGAAAUCACACUGGGGAGAAACCCUAUAUGUGUAAACAAUGUGGAAAAGCAUUCAGUACUCAUAGUAAUUGUCAAAAACAUGAAAGAAGGCAUACCGGGGAGAAACCUUACAUAUGUAAACAAUGUGGCAAAGCAUUUAGUACACGCAGUCAUUGUCAAAAACAUGAGCAAAAUCAGACCCGUGAGAAAACCUACAGAUGUAAGCAGUGUGAGAAAGCUUUCUGUUCUAAGUGUUUAUUAUGUGAACAUAAAAAAACUCACACUGCAGAGAAACCAUAUGUAUGUAAGCAAUGUGGGAAGGCCUUUGGCAGACACUAUAAUUGUCAAAUACAUGAAAGAAGUCACACUGGAGAGAAACCCUAUGUAUGUAAGCAAUGUGGGAAAGCUUUCACUACACAAGGUCAUUGUCAAAGACAUGAGAAAACUCACACUGGGGAGAAACCUUAUGUAUGUAAGCAAUGUGGAAAAGCCUUUAGCAGACAAGGUACUUGUCAAAUACAUGAAAGAAUUCACACUGGGGAGAAACCAUAUGUGUGUAAGCAGUGUGGAAAAGCUUUCAGCAGACAUAAUGAUUGUCAGAUACAUAAGAGAACUCACACUGGGGAGAAACCCUAUGUUUGUACACAAUGUGGAAAAGCAUUUGCUGAUAACAGUUCGUUUUAUAGACAUAAGAGAACUCACACUGGGGAGAAACCCUAUGCAUGUAAGCAAUGUGGGAAAGCAUUCAGUACAUGUAGUGAUUGUCAGAUUCAUGAGAGAAGUCACAAAGGGGAAAAACCCUAUGUAUGUAAACAAUGUGGGAAAGCAUUCAGUACAAACAAGUAUUGUCAAAUACAUAAAAGAAGUCACACUGGGGAAAAAUCCUAUGUAAGCAAGCCUGUUUUGAAAAUUCUAUAAAUUUCCUCAUGUAGUGGAGGGAGACUUGUAGAAUUAAGUAAUAUAAAAUGUUUGUUAUCAAUUAUAUCAAGAAUGUAAUUUUACUCUUAUAUCAGAGCCAUUAUAUGCAUAAAAUUUUGUUUUAACCUUGGAA